AUGGGACGACGCCCUAACCCGCUGAUGGCCGAGUUCUUUGAACGUGGUGCCAAGAUCGGCGACGCUUCGAAUCGUUAUGAGCAGACCUGCAGACGGUGUGGAGAGCACUUUUCGCGAGGCCGUAGCGAGGCUAUGGUCACCCAUCUGACCAAAAAAUGUCCAGCCAUAUCUAACGCAGAACGUACCAAGAUCAUCUUGCGUCUACACGACCUAUCCCUUCCAGAUGUCCAUCCUUACAUUGACCCUACAUUCAAUCCGGAGGCAAAUGGGAAAGAUGAAAGAGCAGCGGAAGAAGACGCGAAUGAUGACAAUGUCAGGUUGCCCUUUGGUCAACACAGGCAGAAUUUUGACGGCUUGAAUGUCCUCGCUGAGGCUUCUCGUCGCGUCGGUGGUAAUGCUCGACGAAAUGCAGGUUCCAUGUCUGACGAUCCAGCUGGGCAUCACGACCAGACCUCUCAGCCACAUGAGGACGCAUCACUUGAUCCCCAACUUCAGACAGACUCCUUUUCUCAUUCUCUCUUACAUGAUGACACUACGGGUGCCCACGACAAUGCCUUUCCUACUAGUACACCUGAAAACCUCCCUCCACUCUACCACUAUAUGGGUAAUCUCCCUCCACCUUCCCAAGGUGGUCUGGCUGGUCUCCCUCUUGCGAGUACUCAUCCUCAGGACCUCUCAACAAUUGCGGCCACCGCCAACGCGACAAUCGCCAACGGCUCUGUUAUGGGCAGCGAUUUAGAUAUGUCAGAUGAUGUCCAUUCCGCCCUUCUUGGGGAGCUUCAGGACAAUGGUUUUCCUCCCCAAGGUCGACCGUCAUAUCCCUGGCCAGCAAUGCUUGGGACACAACCGAUGGAGCAAUUGACUCUUCCCACUCCGACACAGCCUCUCUAUGCGCCAGAUAUGGCGUCCAUUUCUCCUCCAAGAGCAACAGAUGGUCUCCCUCCACAAAAUGAGGAAUCUACAAUCCAAAAUCUCAGACGAAUUGCAAUAAAUCCGAAUAGACGACAAGCACAGCUCUCCAACAGUGGAGAUCUGCACCACUCACAAACGCCAAAGGCCAAGGUCCGCGGUAGAUUUGCACCCGAUCGUCGUAAGGAAGUGCGCGAGCUUCGAAAGGUUGGCGCGUGCAUGAGGUGCCGCAUGCUCAAGAAGACGUGCUCUCAGGAGACACCGUGUCAGACAUGUGCUGCUGUUGAAAGCCCUCGCCUAUGGAAGCAUUCAUGUAUACGCACGAGGCUCAGUGAAGCUUUCCCACUCUACUUUCUUGGGCUACAUGGGGUUCUGGCUUAUCAUGAUGCCAACACCCUGAAGACACGAGCUUCCUUUUCGCCAUAUUCGGGGAGAAUUGAAGGUUGCCACUUUCCGGACCAAAAGAUCGUCAUGAAAGGCCUUCAAAGCGAACACAUACCAGAUUCAUCGCUAGCCACUCCUGGCACUCAAUCCCCUUCGAACAAUGAAGAUAUUAUCGUCGCGGACCUUGACACGGACAACCUCCUCCCGAAGGUCGAACGAUAUCUUCAGGUAAUCGUUCCUCAAGUCGUGGAGCAAGAGCACUCCCCUGUAAUGAGGGCGAGUCUCCAGAUGGCUCAAACUAUCAAAGAACGGCAACAGAGCAGUGUGAUCGUUGACAAGCAUGAUAAUCUCGUCUCAGAUGUCGUCGAGUUGUGGACGGCUACGCUACUGCUCACCGAUGACAAGCUGAAACCUUUGUUUGCGACAGACACUGGGCUCGACGAUGGGCGAACCUUGAUCAGUGAGACAAAGAUGGAUGUUUCUUAUCGCGUGUUAACUCUCCAACUUCAGGCGGCAAUCGAGAAGCGUGCCAGCAUCGUGUGCAGGAGUACCAUGAACCACUUUGAACAGCGGGUCUUGUCUCGCCACAAGAGCAACAACUUCGAGACAUUCUUGGUUGCAUUUAUCCUCCUCAAUUGUGUGGAGCGUAUGUGCUGGUUGUACCGACGAUGGGAUUGGCGCAGUCAAGAGGUCCACUGGCCCCUCGACCAAAAACCAGCAUACUAUGCAGACAAGGGUGAGACUUUUGCGCAGACGAUUCAAAUGCUGAUCAACAUACGUCAAUUGGAGCCAAAAAUCAUGGUCGACGCUCAUUCGGACUCGAUUGUCGCUUGCAACAGUGAUGAUACUGCUCUUGCUGGGUGGCUUGCAGCUGCAGGACUCACUAAAGACUCCGCGGCGCAAUUUGGACUUGCAACGUUCAACCCAAAAGAUAGCAGAUCCCUCGAUGGAACUUUGUCUGCACGUUUACUCCAACCUCAGAGUCUUCUGGGUUGA